AUGGUGCCAUCGCGGGCCGACCCAUCGGAGGCGCCCUUGAGCAGCAUCCCGCCGCCAUCGUCACCGUCGCCAUCGCCUCCACUGUCCACAGCUGUCCUGAUCGUCGCGCUGCUGCUCGCCGCCCAGGCCGGCCUCUGUGCCGCAGACAGCGACAUCGGCACAGUAACAUGGACAUUUCCACGCGGCGGCGAGGUCUUCCACCGCCUCGACACCGUCAACGUCACCUACCAGUCCUCCUACGCCGAGCCAUGGCUGUACAUCUGGUGCUAUGAGGACGAGGCCGCCAACACGGUGCGCUUCAUCCGCAAGACGGAAGGGGAGCCCCACAAUGCCUCGGUGCUGAUGGACAUGGACUUCUCGACGACGACGCCGUGCUGGUUCAACCUGCGCGACAAUGCAAGCUCAGACAAUGGCAAGAACACCAAGAAGUGGUCCCUCAGCCAAGCCGAGCGGGAAUCUGGGCCCGUCACCACCGGCGCAGCAGUGCCCUCCGCCACGGCAACAUCCAGCACGGCGGCCUCGACCCCGCCAGGAUCAAGCGCCACGGCCGCUGCGGCAGGGGCAAACGGCGGCGGCGGCGACAUAAGCUCCGCCGCCAAGGCCGGGCUGGGCGUCGGCGUCGGCAUCGCCACCUCGCUGGUGUGCGCCGGCGUCUUCUGGCUGUACUACCGCCACGUCAAGAGGAAGGAGCACCACCAGGAGGUCUACAGGCGGAUCGUCGGCAGCGGCAGCGGCAGCGGGCAAGGGGGAGGCGGAGGCGGAGGCGUAGGAGGACCAGGCCACGACGCCUUUUCCACGGACCAAAACAACAACAACAACCACAGCAACCACAGCUACUACUACGGCGAGCACCUCGAGCCCUGGCGGUACGGCGGCACGCCCCAGCCCGCCCCGUCCGCCUGGUCGGGCGUCUCAGACCCCAGCAGCAACAGCAGCGCCGCCGCCGCAGAUUGGUACGCAGGCCAGCACCAUCACCACCAGGCCACGGCCGCCAACGCGCCCUACCAGUACUACGACCCGGUCGGGGGCAGCAGCCACCAGCUAGGGGCCAUGGCGGGCGCGGCGGGGGCGGCACACUACCCGUCCUACUCCUCCCAGCCCAGCGUGACAACCACAGCAAGCAUGACAGCCGAGCCGGCCGCCCCCGCCCGCGGGCCCAUCACCAGCAACACCCACCAGGCCGACGCGGCAGCCGCCAUCCGCGACGUCCGCGACCUGACCAGCAGCCUGUACCCCUCCGAGUACAACAACAACAACGAUGAGCGCCCCGUGUCGCCCGUGUCCGUGUCCGCCGCCGCGGCGGCAGCAGCAGACGAUAGGCCGAUCCCACCCACGCGCCUGGCCUCGGUCAACUACGGGCCCAACGGGCCCCGCGACGCGAGCACGGGCGCGGACUUCACGCUGCUGCCGGACUACACGGCGCCGCCGGCUGGAGGUCCGCGGGGGUACGACGACGACGAGGGGGAGGCGGAGGAUGAUGACUUGUACGGCCCGGCCACGCCGCGGUCGCCGCCGCCGCCGCACUCGGCGCACGCGCACCUGGCUGCGGCCGGGGUCCCGGGGCAGGAGCAGGCGUGGCGGCAGCAGGAGCAGCAGCAGCAGCAGCCUAGCGCACACAACGGCGCCGCCGCGGUUGUCGUCGAGCUGCCCACGGCGCAGACGCACCGCGGGGGUUACGGCCCGCGGGCGGAGCUGCCCGCCGCCGAGGGAGCCCGGCAGCAGCAGCAGCAGCAGCCCUCGCAGUCAGGGCGGAGGCCGAUCGGCCCACGGUGGUCGCGGCAGACGUUGGUGCGGGUGCUCAUGGACUGA